CCUUCCCAAGCUCAUGUAAGUGCCAGUGCCAGUGACAGUGCCAAUUGCUGCAUUUGUCCAUUUAUUUAAGGCCGACGCGUUCCCGUGUGAAUGCUGGCCGGUUUGUUUCGUUUUCGCGUCACCCUAAUCCGACCCGGUGGAGGAACUCCCGUCCCAAGCGGACCGACGAUCCGCAACCAUGCCCGCUACUCGCCAGGUGUAUCUACUGCCUCUGAAAGACGAUGGCUCGCCCGAUAUUCCAGGAGGCUACAUCUAUCUGCCUCCGCCGACGGACCCUGCCUAUACUCUGCGCUUCGUGAUCGAAGGCUCUAGCUCGAUAUGUCGAAAGGGCAGCUUGUGGGUGAACAUCCCCGAAGCAGGCACCGAGUUUGAUCGCUCGAAAUUCCGGCAGUUUGACCUCCAACCGAACUUCAACAAAGACAUCCACAUUGACGUCCCUAUUACUCAAGCCGGAGCAUUCGCUUUCUAUACGACGUACUCGCCGCUUCCAAAGUUUACGGCCGCGUCUCUGCCAACGGCGGAGCAGGAGAAAACACCGGUGCAUUAUGUCGAUGUGUCGCCGGCAUUGACUUUGCGGGGUAAAGAUGUUCCCUUGGAUGCGCUGUCUAUUUUCUCCGUCAUUUCGAAGUUUAUGGGAAAGUAUCCAACGGAUUGGGAUAGCCAUUUGCGGGGAAUCUCGCAGCGGAACUAUAACAUGAUCCACUUUACGCCAUUGAUGGAACGCGGUGACUCCAAUUCGCCGUAUAGCAUCUUUGAUCAGCUAGAGUUUGACCCCGAGUCGUUCCCGGGUGGCGAGAAGGAUGUGGCUGCUCUGGUCGAAAACAUGGAAAAUGAAUAUGGGUUGCUGGCUUUGACUGAUGUGGUUUGGAACCAUACUGCGAAUAACAGCAAGUGGUUAGAAGCACAUCCUGAAGCUGGGUAUAAUGUGGAAACAGCGCCAUGGCUAGAAGCUGCUCUGGACCUAGAUACCGCAUUCCUGAAAUAUAGCGAUGAGUUGGAAACGCUUGGCUUGCCGACAGAGUUUCACAAUGUCGAUGACCUUGUCAAAGUCAUGAGCGGGAUGCGCAAGCACGUGGUUGAUGCGAUAAAACUGUGGCAAUUCUAUGUUGUGGAUGUUAAGGAGACAGCUAGGAGGAUUGCGAACGCCUGGGAAAGCAGUUCCGGGUCUGUUGAGUCUAUCAACGGUGUUCAAUCAUGGUCUCUGAAGCAAAAGGCUGACUUUCUCCGUGAUAACGCACUCGAGAACUCAUCUCGUAUACUGGGCAGAUUCUCUAGACGAGUGAACCAACAAAAAGCCCUUGGUCUAUUUGUUGGACUUUUCGGACAGCACAAUAACAGUUCGACGGACCCUUCAGCGGUUGAAGCCGAGGUAUCUCGCAUUCUUGAUGAACUCAACGUCCCGUUUUACAAAGAGUACGACGCUGAGGUGACCGAUAUCCUUGAUCAAGUCUUCAACCGUAUCAAGUACAUGAGGAUUGAUGAUCACGGACCGAAGUUAGGACCGGUGACAAAAGCCAAUUCCCUCGUGGAGACAUACUUCACAAGAUUACCCUUGAAUGAAACUACCAAGAAACACAGCCCAAAGUCCCUUGCCUUGGUCAACAACGGCUGGAUCUGGAACGCAGAUGCAAUGAAAGACAAUGCAGGGCCAGAUUCCCGAGCAUACCUUAGACGGGAAGUCAUCGUAUGGGGCGACUGUGUAAAGCUGAGAUACGGAUCCUCGCCUGAAGAUAAUCCAUUCCUUUGGGAUCACAUGGCAAGAUAUACAAGACUCAUGGCCAAAUACUUCUCUGGUUUCCGUGUCGACAAUUGCCAUUCUACCCCGCUAGUGGUAGCAGAAUAUCUUCUCGAUCAAGCCCGCAGGGUACGACCUAAUUUAGCUGUUUUUGCUGAGCUCUUUACAGGCUCUGAAGAAACUGACUAUGUCUUCGUGAAACGCCUUGGUCUGAGUGCGUUGAUCAGAGAGGCCAUGCAAGCAUGGAGCACCGCUGAACUUAGUCGACUCGUACACCGACAUGGUGGUCGACCGAUUGGAAGUUUCGACCUAGAUCUUCCAUCAAACUCGUCUUCGAGAUCUAGGGAAGGGGAAUCUGUCUCCCAUAUCCGUCAAAGCCCGGUUCAUGCGUUGUUUAUGGACUGCACCCAUGAUAACGAAGUUCCAGCACAGAAGAGAGAUGCAAGAGAUACACUUCCCAAUGCUGCUCUCGUCGCGAUGUGUGCUUCUGCUACAGGCAGCGUUAUGGGAUAUGAUGAGAUCUACCCUAAACUCAUCAAUCUUGUUUCCGAGACGCGCCUGUACGCGUCUAAAUUCUCUGAUCAGGACACGGUCGAAGUCGGGUCUGGAGAGGGAGGCAUCGGCGGCGUUAAGAAACUCUUGAAUAAAUUGCACACCAGAAUGGGCGUAGAUGGAUACGAUGAGACACAUAUCCAUCAUGAUGGCGAAUAUAUCACGGUACACCGAGUGCAUCCGAAGAAGCGGAAGGGUAUAUUCUUAAUUGCCCAUACCGCAUUCCCUGGGUACGGAAAUGGAAAUGGCGUUCUUGCGCCUACACAUCUGACAGGCACACAUGCAAAGCUUAUCGGUUGUUGGAAACUUGAUGUAGAUGUGGACGACAAAUCUCAGGCAGCAGUCCUUGACGAUCAAAAGUACCUUAAAGGGCUUCCCAGUCGAGUGACGGACUUGGAAGGAGCGAAAGUUCAAUUACAAUCGGACAACGCUACACUCACAAUAUCAGAUAAUUUUGUUCCUGGAUCGAUUGCCCUGUUUGAGACAUGGAUGCCAACUGUCGAGGACACUGACGGUUUAGACAGCUAUAUCACAAGUGGUGCUGAUGAGGCAUUCUCAAAGCUCAACUUGAUCGACCUCAAUUUUGUCCUGUAUAGAUGCGAGGCUGAAGAGAGAGACUCCACAGGUGGUAAAGACGGAGUAUACAACAUCCCAAAGCAUGGAACUUUAGUUUAUGCCGGUCUCCAGGGUUGGUGGAGUGUUCUUGAAAGUAUCAUCAAGUACAACGAGCUUGGACACCCGUUAUGUGAUCAUUUGCGAGAAGGGCAAUGGGCUUUGGACUACAUUAUUGGACGGCUAGAAAAGGCUGCAGAACAGGAAGGAUACUCUAGUCUUCACACCCCAGCGACCUGGCUUCGAGAGCGUUUUGAUGUGGUUAGAAAAUUACCCAACUUUCUACUUCCCCGCUACUUUGCUAUCAUCAUCCAGAGUGCUUUCAUGGCUGCCUGGUGGCGUGGAAUCCAGCUAUUUGACGAGAGUAUACAGCACGGUCAACGAUUUAUUCAUCAACUGGCGAUGGUAAGUGUUCAGCAAGUUGGUUAUGUCAAGUCGGCUUCCGUGUGGCCAUCCAAAAGUGUGCCCUGUCUUGCCGCUGGGUUGCCACACUUUGCCGUAGACUGGGCACGAUGCUGGGGGCGAGAUGUGUUUAUUUCUCUCCGCGGUCUCCUUCUAUGUACUGGUCGCUUUGACGAUGCUAGAGAGCAUAUUUUUGGUUUUGCUAGUGUUCUCAAACAUGGAAUGAUCCCGAAUCUUCUGAGCAGUGGAAGGUUGCCGCGAUACAAUUCCCGUGACUCCGUCUGGUUCUUCUUGCAAGCAAUCCAGGACUAUACCAAAAUGGCCCCGAAUGGCAUCCAGAUACUGGAUGAGAAAGUUCCGCGCCGAUUUUUGCCUUACGAUGACACCUGGUUUCCUCAUGAUGAUGAGCGAGCAUAUUCUAAAUCUUCGACAAUCCGAGAUAUUAUACAGGAGGUCUUCCAAAGACAUGCUUCUGGGCUUAGUUUCAGAGAAUACAAUGCCGGACCAGACCUCGAUGUUCAAAUGAAGCCGGAAGGUUUCCAGAUUGAUGUGAAAGUCGACUGGGAAACCGGGAUCAUAUUCGGCGGCAACCAGCAUAAUUGCGGGACAUGGCAAGAUAAGAUGGGCGAGAGCGAAAAGGCGGGAAAUAAAGGUGUACCGGGAACACCCAGAGACGGGGCAUCUGUUGAAAUCACAGGUCUCGUUUAUAGUAGUUUGAAAUGGGUCGAAGAGCUCCGGUCAGCAGGUAAUUACGAGCACAAGGGUGUUGAUGCAGACAACGGUGAAUUGAUCACCUUCGCCAACUGGGCGUCGAGAAUCAAGCAAAACUUUGAGCGAUGCUACUACAUCCCCGUCGAUGCUGCAGAUGACGCCAAUUACGACGUCGACCCCGCCAUCAUCAACCGUCGCGGAAUCUACAAGGAUCUCUACAAAUCCGGCAAGCCGUAUGAAGACUACCAGCUCCGCAGUAACUUUCCCAUUGCAAUGACCGUCGCUCCGGAUCUGUUCAAUCCUCAUCAUGCUCUCCAAGCUCUUUCCCUGGCCGAUUCAGUCCUUCUCGGUCCUACUGGCGUCGCCACCCUCGAUCCAUCAGACCUCAACUACCAUCCCAACUACUACAACUCCGAAGACUCAACCGACUUCGCCACCUCCAAGGGCCGCAAUUACCACCAGGGCCCUGAAUGGGUGUGGCCGCGUGGUUAUUUCCUCCGAGCCUUGCUCCAUUUUGACUUAUUACGUAGGAAGACCGCAGAAGAGCGUACCGAGACAUUCCAGCAGGUGACUAGGAGGUUGGAAGGUUGCAAACAGGCUCUAAAGGACAGUCCAUGGAAGGGUUUGACAGAGCUGACGAAUCAGAAUGGAGCGUACUGUGCGGAUUCAUCUCCAACUCAAGCUUGGUCUGCCGGGUGUCUUUUGGAUGUUUAUUACGAUGCCCUUCAUGUGGCGUCUGCGUAGAACUUGCAUCGGAAAUAUAUAUUCUAGCUUCUUUCAAUCAUACAAUCAAUAUCAUUAAAAAAAAAGCGUCUAAAUGUUAAAACCACCAGUUGAAAACCACACGAAUUGGAAUAUAAAAAUUCCCUGCUGUAUAUCAAUGAUGUAUUGG